GUAUCCAGCUGCAUCCAUCCAACAGCAUCCGAUCAUCCAGUGUUCGUGUUGUUGUUCAGCACGUGCCAGUGAGUUUUAAGCGAACUGAGCGUGUGUCAGGAGCCUCUUAUAGCUGCAAACAUUCAGACUGAGCUGCAGAUCUAACAUGGGAAAAAAGAAGGGAGGGAAGUGGAAGACAGACAACCGACCCAGUGCUGUAGGGUCAGACGAUGAGGAACUGUAUGCAGAUAUGAACCAGCCAGAUCCUAAUGAUGAUGACUAUUAUCAUGAUGCCAUUGACACAUUUCACGCUCAGCGUGACAAGGUGUUGCUCGAAGAUGAGGGAGAUGAGGAUGAUGCUGAUAAGGAAGAAGUGCUCUCUCUCGGUGGGGAUGAAGAUGAGAGUGAUGCACAGACAAGUGAUGAAGAUGAUUUUGAUUCUGAAGAUGACCUGGAACCAAUUCGAGACAUCUAUGAAAGAAACGUGCAGAAGGAUGAAAUGGCCAGUGACAUUGAUGAUGAGGAAGACGGACUUCCGGACCCUAUGGCUUGGGGAAAAAAGAAGUCUACGUAUUAUCAUACCGACUUUGUUGACGAAGACUAUGAAGGUAUUGCCGAGAGUGCUGCUGAGCUUGCCGAACUUGAAGAGAAAGAAGCGAAAGCAUUGCAGAGGAAACUAGCUGAGCAGCUGUCCGAUGCUGACUUUGGGUUAGAAUUAUUCCAGGUACAGAAAGAGGAGCCGACGGAAACUACGCAAAAGGUGGCAAAAGACCUGUCAAAGUUAUCUUCAGAAGAAAAACUAAAGCUACUAUCGAAGGAGUCUCCUGAAUUGCUUGAGCUUGUUGAAGACUUCAAGUCAAAGAUGACUGAACUGAAAGACACGAUACUUCCAUUGCUGGAGCUCGUGAAACGGGGCAAGAUCACUUCAGAACCAGCCGUGCAAUACCUUAAUCUCAAGCGUCAGCUGAUCUUGCAGUAUUGCACCAAUAUCUCCUUUUACCUCGUCCUGAAAGCAAAGCGUGCACCUGUGGCCAACCACCCCGUCAUCCGGAGGCUCGUAUCAUUUCGAAAGUUGUUAAAAGAACUGGAGCCUGUGGACGAAAAGUUGUCUGACGAGAUCCAUACUGUCUUGGAAAUGAUUUCAAGAGGAGAGGACAUAAUUCCACGCACAAAAUCUGCUCUGAAGGCAACUAGCAAAACCAAGAAACUAAGGGUCAUGCAGAAUAUCCAGGACGAGGCAGCCGUUGCAGAAGAAAAUGUGCCUAAGGAUGCACAGAAAAGAAAGGUGGAAAGCAAAGUAAAAAGGAAGUUUACUGAGGACGAAAAGGAGAUCCUCGAUUUGUAUUCAGCUUCAAAGAAGAAGGCACGUCAAGAUGAUGAAAUUGACAGUGAUGUUAAUGAUGAAGAGAGCGACAACUCAGCGGUUGAGGGUGAGGAAGGUGCACAUAAGCAGGAAGAUGAAGAGGAUGAGGAGCAAGGAGAUGAGAGGCGUGGCAUUAAUUACCAGAUUAAAAAGAACAAGGGUCUAACUAUAAAGCGAAAGAAAGAGUACCGCAACCCGCGUGUCCACCACAAGAUGAAGUUCAGACGUGCAAAGAUCAACAGGAAAGGACAGGUCCGCGAAGCGAGGAAAGAAGUCAAGAAGUAUGGCGGCGAAAUUUCUGGUAUCCGUGCCGGAGUAAGCCGGAGUGUUAAAAUAAAAUAGAAGGUAGCAGUGUC